CUCAGAGUCAUCGGAUUUUCAUCACAUCAAUUCAACAGAAUUGCAAUGAUGAAGCUGCUGUCAGCCUUCAUCCUUCUCCUGCUUCCUCUGCUGACCGGCUGUGAACCUUUCAUCCUUCCACUGGACUGCAGCGAUGUCUAUACCCAAGACACCAGUCGAACCAGUGGCGUGUACACCAUUUAUCCCAUUGGAGCCACGUCUGCUGUCCUGGUAUACUGUGACAUCGACUCACAAGGACAGUGGACGGUGUUCCAGAGGAGGUUGGACGGCUCGGUGAACUUCUACAGACCCUGGGAUCAGUACAAGAGGGGCUUUGGUAACGCUGCUGGAGAGUACUGGCUCGGUUUGGAAAAUGUCUUCUACCUGACACAGAGAAAAAGGUACGAGCUGAUGGUCAACAUGGAAGAUUUUGAUGGAAACAAAGUGUUUGCUCGUUACUCCUCGUUCUCCAUCGAUGGGGAGUCUGACGGCUACAGGCUGAAUGUGUCUGGAUUCACUAAUGGAGGGGCAGGAGAUGCCUUGAGUUAUCACAACGGACACAAGUUCACUACAUUGGACAAAGACCAGGACGGCGCUGCAAGGAACUGUGCACAAUCAUUUCUGGGGGCGUUCUGGUACAACAGCUGUCACUAUGCAAACCCUAACGGGGUUUAUCGUUGGGGAGCUGAUGGCACUAUCUUUGCUGUUGGAGUGGCCUGGCACCAGUGGAAAGGUCAUGAUUACUCUCUGAAGACCAUCAGCAUGAAGAUCCGUCCUGUGCAGUAAAUCUGCAGGACAAACACAUCUGUGACAUGAAUAUUUAACAGCACCAGUCAAAGCAAAGAUCGCUUUCGUUUGAUUAUGAGAGAGAGAAAGAUUAGAGAUCUUUUUCUUUAAACCUGUUUAUGUCCUGUAAUGUUACAUGAUGUGAUCUCCUCUGAAAUGUUGUCAUCAAUAAAGCUGCACCAAAAAAUUUGA